AUGGAGCGCAUUGAGGAAGCACCCGUUGAGGGAGCUCCUCCGCCUGAGGGGGUUCUCGCCGAGGCGGGACCCCCUGAUAUUCCUGAAGCCCCCUCAACGGAUGUUUCAACCUCAGAAGAACCGGGUUCCAAAGAGCCCGAAGUUCCGAUCAGGCUUGGUGCUGACAGUACUUGGGACACAUCUGACACUGGAGCUGCCGGAGGCCUAGCGGUUCCUGUUCCCAGCAGGGCCGAGCCCCAGGGGAUCCGCCAGAGCAGUGCCCGCGGCAGAGGUCUGGAGAAGGCAAUGCGAACCAUGAGCUUAAGGCAUGAUGAAUCUCAUGAACUUGAAGAACAGUUUAUACUGCGUCUGCCUCCAGAACAAGCUUAUGCUGUCAGGAAAAUUAUACAUUCUAGAAAUGUUGCCUCAAAGGAUAAACUAAAAAUUGACUUUUCUUCUGAUGGACACCAUGCAGUUGUGCAAGUAGAAGAUGUUUCUCUGCCUGCUAAGCUGGUUAAUUUGCCUUGUGUUAUCGGAAGCCUGAAAACUAUUGAUAGAAAAACAUUUUAUAAGAUGGCGGAUAUUUCUCAGAUGCUUGUAUGCAGUCCUGAAGGUGAGCCUCCUUCUUCUCCUGAAGAGCCAGUGGUCUCUACUGGUCCUACUGUAAUUGGAAAUAUUGAUGUGAAGGCAGACAAAAAAAAGUAUAAUUGGAAGCACGGCAUUACUCCACCACUUAAGAAUGUCAGGAAGAAAAGAUUCCGGAAAACAACAAAAAAGAUCCCAGAUGUCAAACAAAUGGAGGAAAUCAACUUUAGCGAGUACACUCAAUCUCCAAGUGUGGAAAAAGAAGUGAAGAGACUGCUCUUCUCAGAUGCUGAAGCCAUCAGUGUCCGCUGGGAAGUUGUUGCUGAUGAUGAUACUCUGGAAAUAGAAAGUCAAGGGUGCAUCCCAACCAUUUCAGGAAUCCCACAGAUGGGUGGUGCUAGUUUAUCAGAAUAUGAUGUGCUUCGGGAGAUGAUGGGUGAUUCUGGCAGCAACAGUAAUGAUGUGGAAGAUAAGAGUACUAAAGUUGAGGAUGAUGAUGAUGAUCAAGAUGACGAUGAUGAUGAAGAUGAUGAUGACGAUGGAAAUGAAGAAGAGGAGGAGGAAACAGACAAUUCUGAAGAGGAGUUAGAGAAGGAGCUGCAAGCCAAAUUUAUUCAGUCUAGCCUCCAUGAAAAGGACCAAGAUUACAGUUCAAUAAUCAUGGCAAUUCAAAAACUGAUUCUUAUCAAAGAAAAAAAGCUCCAGCAGAUUUAUAAAAAAGCCCAGCGACAGAAGGAGCUCCUUAGGAAUGUGGAAAACAUGACCCUCAAGAGACAUUUCCAGAAUGUUUUGGGGAAGCUUACUGUAAUGGAAAAAGAGAAGUGUGAGCAGAUUUAUCACCUUCAGGAACAACUGAAAUGUUUCCUGAAGGAGUAAGGGAAGUCUCAGCCUGGCACACAAAGUGGAUUCACCUUCCAGAUGAAGACUGGGUGGAACCACAUACUUCUGUCCCUCUAGUUACUUUAUCUUAACCAACUGUUAUUUGUUGAGCAUUUUUCACUAGUUAGAGUAAACUUAAGGAUCAUAGAUAACAGAAGGAGACAUAGAUAGAAGGAGUUAUAUAAAUGCAUAGUAGGUUUAGAGAUCCCACUAAACAUGGGAUGUUGUUUCUCUUUGUCAAUUUGAGAUUAGAUGUAUGUAUUUCUUUAUCUUUUACUCUGGUACCAUGAGAUCAUUCAGCCAUCUUUGUCAAAGGUAGAUGGUUUAGCCUAGAAAUAUGCGCGGCUGUGCUAUUUCUUACAAUAUUGAAAAUAAUCAAUUUGUCAGCUGGUAAUUCCAGCAAUUUAAAAGGCAGAAGCAGAAGGUCAAGUUGAAGGCCAGCUUGGACUAUAUAUAAGAUCCUGUCUCAAAAUAAAAUAAAAUCAAAGCAUGAAAAUUUA